AUGUGUAUCAACUGUAUUCGCAACCAGGUCGAUAUCACAGAGGGCAUCCCCAAACACGCUACCAUCUGCUUCUGCCGUAACUGUGAGCGUUACCUCCAGCCCCCCAUGCUCUGGGUUGCCUGCCAGCUCGAGUCCAGAGAGCUCCUUGCCCUCUGCCUAAAGAAGCUCAAGGGUCUCAAUAAGGUCCGCUUGGUCGACGCAGGAUUCAUCUGGACAGAGCCUCAUUCAAAGCGCAUCAAGCUCAAGCUGACGAUCCAGAAGGAGGUCUUCACUUCGACCAUUCUUCAGCAGAUCUUUGAGGUCGAGUUUGUGAUCUCGCACCAGCAGUGCGACGACUGUGCCAAGGUCAUGGCCCAGAACACAUGGAAGGCAAUGGUCCAGGUCCGCCAGAAGGUUGACCACAAGCGUACCUUCUUGUAUCUCGAGCAGUUGAUCAUUAAGCACAGCGCUCACAAGGACACCAUUAACAUCAAGGAGUGCAAGGACGGACUCGACUUUUACUAUGCCUCCCGCUCCCACGCCCUCAAGAUGGUCGAGUUCUUGUCCGCCAUCACUCCCCUCAAGAGCAAGGCUUCUGAGCAGCUCAUCUCGACCGAUAUCCACUCUGGUACCUCCAACUACAAGUUCAGUUACUCGAUCGAGCUGGUCCCUAUCUGCAAGGACGAUCUCCUUUGCUUGCCCUCCAAAAUCGCAAAGACCUUGGGUAACAUCAACCCCUUGGUCAUCUGCUACAGGAUUGGAAACUCGGUCCACGCCAUGGACGUUAACACCCUGGCCGUGGCUGAAAUCUCUACCCAGACUUACUGGCGCACUCCCUUCCAGGCCUUGGCCUCGGUCAAGCAGUUGACAGAGUACUAUGUCCUGGACGUCGAGCCCUGCGGACCUGUUCGUGGCAAGUACGUCCUCGCUGAUAUCCAGGUUGCCAAGGCUCAGGAUGUUGGCCGUAACGACACCACCUUCUUUGCCCGCUCCCACCUCGGUGGUAUCUUGAACCCCGGCGACAGUGUGAUGGGAUACGAUGUUGGCUCUUCCAACUUCAACAACGAUGCUUUUGACAGCCUCCACCGUGGAUCCCUGCCCGAUGUCAUCUUGAUCAAGAAGGCCUACCCAUCCCACCGCAAGCGCAACAAGGGCCGUAACUGGGAGCUUCGUCAGCUCAAUAAGGAGGAGGAGGAUAUGGCACCCCGCAAGCAGGACAAGGAGCGUAUCGAGCAGGAUUACGAGAUGUUCUUGCGUGAUCUCGAGGAGGAUGCCGAGCUCCGUUCCACCGUUAACCUUUACAAAGCCGAUAAGCCCAAGAAGGAGGGCGACCUUGCUAUGGUUGAGGACAGCGAGUCUGACUAUGAGGAUGAAGACUUCCCCGAGAUUCAGUUGGACGAGUUGCUGGAUAACCUCAAGUUGGAUGACGGUCCCGACAACGAAUACGAUUCCGCUCAGGAUGGCGAUGAUAUGAUGAUGGACUAA